UCGAUAUGGUUAAUCGAAACAAACUAUGGCAUGUUUUAUGUAAUCUGGGAGUUGGAGGCAAGAUGCUUACCAUUUUAAAAAGUAUGUACCAAAAUAUCAAAGCCUGCGUAAGAUGUAAUAAUGAUUGCACUGAGUAUUUCAAUUGUCUCUUUACGUUCUUCAUCAAUCAGUUAGCUGUAGACGUGUCUCAGAACGGUAUUCAUGGCAUCCAACUGGUUCCCGAUAUAUUACAGAUACUCUUACUGCUCUUUGCUGAUGAUGUCCUUGCGUCAUACUCUGUUAAUGGUCUCCAAAGGCCGCUUAACAUUCUAAAAAAUUUAUGCUGAACGUUUUGGCAUGUUUGUGAACCUCAAAAAAACAAAGGUCAUCGUGUUCCGGAAAGGCGGAUGUCUAGCAUCAAAGGAAUGUUGGUAUUAUGGUAAAGAAAAGAUGGAGGUUGUUAACAUGUAUAAGUAUCUAGGUAUUUGUUUCACGACUAAGCUCUCCCUUUCCCUUGCUGUCGAUGACCUUGCAGCUAAGGCCAAAAUCAGAUCCUGCCAGCUAUUAAAAUGCUUAUGGCAACUUGGAGAUAUACCAAGAAACGUUUUUUUCAAGAUGUUCGAUUCUCAAAUUAUACCGACACUUACCUACGGAUCGGAAGUUUGGGGUUUCCAAAGAUAUGAGGCCAUUGAAAAAGUACAAAUGUUCAGCUUCAAACGUUUCCUUAAUGUGGGUCUUCAAACACCAAACAAAAUGAGCUAUGGUGACCUAGGACGGUAUCCAGUAUUGCUGACCACAAAAGUUAGAUGCAUUAAGUACUGGCUCCGACUCAUUCAUUUGCAUGACACUAAACUCCCCAGAAAAGCAUACAACAUAUGUUAUAUUAUCUACAAGAAAACUGUAAACGUACUUGGGCUUUUUUUGUAAAAGAACUUCUCUGUGUCAAUGGCUUUGGAUUUGUUUGGCUUCAGCAAAGUGUCGGUAACAAGAACAUGUUUUUAGGUACCUUUAAACAAAGACUUAUAGCCUGUUUCCAACAGGAAUGGCACAAUGAUAUAUGCACAAGUGAAAGACUUGAGCUGUAUUCUAGUUUUAAGAGCUACGUACAACCUGAGAGAUAUGUAAAUAUACUGAGAAUACGCUGUUUUAGGGAAACAUUUAUUAAGUUUAGAUUUGGAAUAUCACCCAUCAAUGUACAUCGUUAUCGCUACAAAAAUGAUGUAUCUCCCAGUAUGUUAAGUUGCCCCUGGUGCAAGACUGAGAUAAAAGAUGAAGUACAUGUGUUGUUCGAUUGUCCUGCCUAUGACAGUUAUAGAGCGAAAGUUGAUGUCCUAAAAUCUACAGUAUCAUAUAAACAGGGCAAUGAUGGAAUAAUGCAAGUUUUUACAGAUACCUUGGAAACAACAAUAAGACAAAUAUCAAGAUUUGUGUAUCUUGUAUUUAAAACUAAGAAUGCAAUAAGUUCUUGAAGAAAUGUUAAUAUGCAUUGAUUAGUGAUUUAUUAGGAGUAUAUUGCUGAUGAUUUUUUUUUUUGUUUUGUUUGUUUGUUUUUCUGAAAUUGUCUAACCUCCGUGAAGCAAACCAAAUGGUUUAUUCAAUAAAGAAUUCGUUCGUUCGUUCGUUUGUUUUCCUGUCUCUCCUUUGUUGUCAAUGUCUCGUUCUUGUUCUUAGGCGCUAAGAGCAUGGAAGGAGUGAGUUUGCGCAUAGACGUUAUAAGAUAUGGACAGUCAACUCGAGGCGCUCGCAGUGGGAAAGCGUUGACUCACCGCGUGACCGCAGGGUGGAAGAGAAGGGGGAGGACAGGCAAUUUCCGGUCGCUGUUGUUUUUAUCUGCGAGCAUCAUGGAGUCCUUUGAUAUCGAAGAAAUCCUCUUAGACGAUGGUGUACUUGAAAUGGGUGACCAAGAAAAAUUCGACGUUCCCUCAUCUACCGCUGAUAGUUUCAGUGGGGUCUGUUUGGAAACCUUGGAAGAGUCAUGCAAUGCUUUGCUGUCAGAUGACUGCAUAUCCGACAGCACAAAGGACAUAAUCCGUAAUAUAGAUGGACCUGCUCUUCUUCAGGAUUUACAAUUCCUGAAUCAAUGUUUGGUGAAGAAGGGGAGGUUCAAAACUGCUGCCAAGGAAAAGGCCUAUUCUAAUUUCAACAGGGAAUUUGUCAAUCAUUCUCAAGAUGUAGAAAGGCACAUCCCGUCACCUGCCUCUGCAUGGGUCUGCCUGAAAGUCUUUGAAUUGAUGGUUAACAAGAAUUAUAACUUGCCAUUAUGCAAUCAGGCAUCCAGUAUAAGUGAGGUCACUGACGAUGAAGUAGAUAUUGUCCAGUAUAUUGCAGGCUAUGUAUUACGUAGUGUCAAGAGACGAGCACUAAAAUUGUCUCAUACUGAGAGAGAAGACAGUUUAUUAUGCAUAAAAGAAUUAAUACCAGAAGAUGACACAGCUUCUGAACCUGCUGAGAGAUCAUUGACUCAAAUUCUGGACACAGGGGGCCUUAUAAAAUUAAAACCUCCUGUCCUUCAAGUUUUUAUAAAGCUAGAGUCUAUUUUUAGACAAUGCUUUGAUGGACAGGUGCAGACUUUGUCCUUCGAUUUAUAUUUUACUAAUUGUUGCCAAGCAGAGUCAGUUAGCACUUGCUUAUAUGAGCAAAUGUAUAGCAUCUUAGCAACACAGAAAAUAAAAGAGAAUAUUUUAUUUAUGAUUGUUAAAUCUUAUUUUAUGGUUCGGGCACACCACAAGUGCAAAAAGUUUAUGGAAAACUGUCAAGACGUACCUCUAGCAAAAAACAGAAGGGACUUAGAAAAGGUUUGAAGACAACUAGCUCAAAUGUGUAACUGGGGGUUUAAUUUUCAGAAUUUGGGUCAAUGAUCUACACUGUUUUUCAAUGAUGUCACUUGAAUAGUUUUUUGCAAACUCAUCAACUGAUUCCUGAUUUGUUAUUGACUGCCCAUGUUUUUUAUGUGCUAAUGCUUUCCUACUACUUUGCUUUGAUUGGAAAAUGAAAUUUGCAAGAAUGUUUGGUAUAAUGGGAAUUAAAGGUAUGAAGAUGGUAAUUUUAUUGUCCUCCCUCCCUAAACCCAUGUGAAUUUAAAUUGCCAUCCCAAAAUUAAUACACACUCAGUUGACAUAAUAUAUGUAUAUCCCUUGUUAAAUUUGUAUCAUCUUUAUUUACAUAUGUGCAAGAAUAAUAUUGAUCAUAAUGUUAUGGAUAAUGAUCAUCAUGCAAUGCUUUUUGUAUAAAAGCUAACUGGACUGUUUUGGCAAUCUUAAUUGGAGCGGCCGAGAAGCAUUUCAAUCUUGAGCAUUAUAAAAGUUUUAGUUUUACAUAAUGCAUGUAUAUAAAAUAAAAAUUGAUGUGAAGUGUU